UUCUCACUCCAGCGGCCGCGGCAGGAGACUCUGCACUCCACCACUUCACCACUGCACUCCACACUCCACCUACUACCACUUCGUAACACCCGCCGUGACUGCCGCUGCUGGCGCUGACGGGUGAACAAGGUGUGAUCUGCCAGAGGGGUGAAGCAGCGUGGGGUUGUUAAGUGCAGGGCAGUCCUUCCCACCCACGUGUACCCUGGAGAGGCUACAGGAGCGACACGCCGCUGGCAACGCGAGGACAGCGCCGAAGGAAGUAGUGGAGGCUGGCGUGCCCAAAGGUGGACCUCAGUACAGUCACUCCUCCGUUACUUUUCUCUUCAGCAGGGACUUCGGAUAAGCAGACACUAAGAUGUCCCCAGUACGCGUCACAGACAUGCGCUGGAGUUGGGUCAGGAAGAACCUGCUCCUCCUCCUUACCUUCUCCGGGGUUCUCUUCGGCGUUGCCCUUGGCCUCGCCCUGCGCGCGGUGGGCCCAGACUCCACUACCAUCCUGCUCAUCUCGUACCCUGGUGAGCUGUUCAUCAGGAUGCUCAAACUUAUGAUCCUGCCGCUCAUCAUUGCCUCUCUUAUAUCAGGGUCUGCCAGUCUGAAUGCCAAGAUUAAUGGAUACAUCGUGGUGCGCACCAUCCUGUACUUCAUGGCAACGUCUCUUCUCAACGCCCUGAUUGGUGUCCUGCUUGUGGUCGCUAUCCAUCCCGGCUCACCUCUCGCCAGGCAGGCGCUGACGGAGAGCCUGACCUCCUCGUCUAACACAACAUCUAACGUCAACAUCCUGGACGGCUUCUUGGAUCUGGGCAGGAACAUUUUUCCAGAGAACAUCUUCCGUGCCUCCUUCCAGCAAGUGCACACAGUAUAUGAAGAGCAGCUGGUGACGCAACACAACAACAUCACAGGUGUCGACGCUAAGAUCACUGAGAUGGUGCGAUCGGUGAAGUACCGCGCUGGCACCAACACCCUGGGCAUCAUCGUGUUCUGUCUGGUGUUUGGCACUCUCCUCGGCUCCCUGGGAAAGAAGGGCGCCGUCGUGGUGGACUUCUUCUCCGUCAUUGAUACAGUUAUCCUUAAAAUUGUCACGGGGGUUAUGUGGCUGUCUCCUUUGGGCGUGGCCAGUGUCAUUAUGAGCAAGAUCCUGAGUGUGGAGAAUCUGGGCACUGUGAUGAGCAACCUUGGCCUCUUCAUAGUGACAGUCGUGGUGGGCGUCUUCAUCUAUCAGUGGAUCAUACAAAACCUUUUAUACUUUAUCUUCACACGCAAGAAUCCCCUCCAGUUCUACUUUCAUCUGCUGGAGCCCUGGGUGACUUCCUUCGCCACUGCCUCCACGGCGGCCACGCUGCCUAUCACCUUUCGCUGCAUGAACGACAAGUGCGGCGUGGACCCACGCAUCUCCCGCUUCGUGCUGCCCAUCGGUGCCACGGUCAACAUGGACGGCACGGCGCUCUUCGUCUCCGUGGGCACCAUCUUCAUUGCCCAGAUGAACGAGUUGCCCCUGGGCAUCGGGGAGUACGCCACCAUCAUAGUGACCGCCACCGCCGCCAGCGUGGCCAGCGCCAGCGUGCCAAGCGCCGCCCUCGUGCUCAUCCUGAUUGUUCUCACCUCCGUCAACCUUCCCGCUGAGGACGUCUCCCUGCUCUUCGCUAUCGACUGGCUGGUGGACCGAUUCCGCACAACCAACAACAUGCUGGGCGACUGCUACACGGCCGCCAUCGUGGAGCACUGGAGUCAGAACGAGCUGAAGGCCAUGGAUGCUGAGGCCAGUGCUGAGGCUCACUAUGCUGACGUGGAGAAGGCUGCUGACUUAGCCCCACUGGUAACUGGCCAGCAUGACGUGGACCCUGACGCCCUGAUGCAUGACCCGCCGGUUUUGCUUCUCAAAGGCGGGCAGGACUCUUCCCUGAACAACGGCAAGGCAGGGGGGGCCGAGGAGGUCCUUCACGUGGAGGUGGAAUCGCCCCCGAAGGAGGCCAGCACCACCACCAAAAUCUAAAGGGUGCCAUGUACAAACCAGGUGCCAGGCACUGAGCUGAUGUACCUGGCAGGGGAGACAGACACUAGUAGAAUACAAGGAGGGAUGGAUUGAUGGGCUGAUGAUUGAUGCCUACUCUAUGUGGAGCUUUCUUUGAUAAACUGAUGUAAUGUGAUUGGAUAGUAACAGUUGACUAGCCCCUGGAUGGGUCAGUAGGGAGAGAGAGAGGGAGAGAGACCCAUCUGUCCUCUCCUAUGUCAGGGAGUCUCAUAACCUUAAUAGCUGCCAAGUGUUUUGUGUUGUAUUCCAUGACCACAGUGACUAGGAACCACUAUUAGUACAUCCAUACAUCCAUACAUACACUUGUUGGUGAAGUAGGGAGGUGUUCCUCAUACUAGAGUGAAUGCAUUAUAGUAUUAUUAAGUGUGAAUAGCGACCACAAUCAGUGUUUACUUACCUACAGCAGACACAGACGCAGCGCUGUGUCUGCUGCAGUGCGCUGUGUUCUCUCAGCCUCACCACUACAGCAUUGAUGUGUUAGACAGUCAGCAUGCAGUAAACCCUCCAUAUAACUAUUUCUUGGCAAGGCCAGUCAGUUUGCUCUAUUUGAAAUUCCACUUUAUCUAAUGCUAUAAUAUUGAGAUCUCCAAGCAAACUCUGGUCACUACAUGAGAAUUCAAGCAAGUCACUCAAACCUUUACCAAGCUUCCACUGUAUAUUUGCUUCAUGCAGUGGUUCUUUAGGAGUCUCUGAAGGCCAAUUCCUGCCUUCUGUUGUGAUCAGGAGUUUGUUAAAUGCCAGGCCUGUUUGGGCUAAAGUAUUCCUGAUGUCCACCACUGCUAUAUCAAGGGUUUACUGCACAGCAUUUGAGGCCAGAGAGAACACAUCCCAAUGACAUCAGGUGCUAGAUAAUAACCGAAGACUUGCAGUGGAAGCUGAGAAGGAACAAGUGCAGUAUUUGGGUGCACAUCUCCAAACUGUGGUGUUGUGAACCUCUCAACCUUAGGUGUUGAUGCUCUGGUGUUGCUGUGUGCUGCUGACCAUGGGCUGGGUGAGAAAUGUCCAUCAUGUUACAAUACUAGUACACUGCGCUAAACACUGCGCUAAACAAAUUCUGACUUAAGUACAGACAGACUGCCUCACAAAAAAAAAUGACUUCAGUGUCUUUCUUGCUACAACUCAGUUCACAUUUGUCACUGAAGCCUAAGUAAGCCAGUGGUCAUGUCCCUCAGUGAGUAGGCCACACUCAGCCACAAACUGUCCUGCCACCUGCAGCCUACACCUACACCUGGCCACACCUGUCAAUGCAAACCAAUACACUUGGCCACCAGCACACACACACACACACACACACACACACACACACACACACAAACACACAUAUACAAACACACACUCACACACACACACAUUCCUUGCCUUGCCGGGAGUCUGACUCACUGAGGUCAAGACACGGCAUAUUUGAUUCAAAAACCCAUAUUGGGUUAAAAAUUCCUCCUUUUCUUUGGUUGUCUCUUGUUAAUAGUUCUAAAUGAAGCAAAACGCUGUAUUGACUCUUGUAGAAUAAUUCAUGUUUUGAUAAGUUAGCACAAAAAGGAUUGUUCUCCUGUAGUGUUACAUUGGUGGUGCAGCAGCCUGGUGUCUGCACACACUGCCCCGCUGCCUGGCCGGCCACACUCCACCACUCAUGCCAAGUGAGAUGAUGUCACAGCAGGCAACCUCCCGCCCCUCACCGGCGAGGAGGCGCGAGAAUCAAACUCUUCUCCAAGUGUUCAAGAGUCCAAGAGUUCCUGAGCAUUGCAUCCAUGCCACCUUGGUGAUACUCAGGUGCAUCUCCUCUCAGUAUUCCCACACUAAUGCUUUGUUAUUGUCGGAUCUUCCUUCUUCUGUCCGCCGUGUGCCAUUUCAUUCACUAAAUUCAGGGUCGUUUUGUACAGCGGUUGGACGUCACAUCCUUCUGGCAUCCUGCGCGCCAAGGAAGGUCUUCCAUUGUUGAAAAUACCUUGUAAACUCCUCGUUGCAACGGGAAAAGUAUUACCUCGUGCCACACGUCGUGUAUUAUACAGCCUGUUCCGUUUGUCAAGUCUCACUUCUUUGAGUAUUCUAUUGGACCAAAGUCCCACGACUGUGUUGGGCAGGCAUGCUGGCACCCACCGUGCAGUGCCGCCCUCACUCACUCUCUCCCAGUAGUGUGAGAGUAAUGUUGGGAUGGAUACAGUGGCACCCACCCUGCACCCUUCACCCUUCCCACGUACCCUCCAGUACCAGCUCUCAGCAGUAGCAGGCCUGACAGGGAGCCAGAGAGGACAACAGCUGCACACCACUAGUCACCAGGCACUGGAGACUGGAGUGGCAAGGCAAGAAAGGUUGUGAUAUGUGAGAGAAAUUCAGAUAUUAACAAAUAUAAGACACAAGGCAAUACCAAUGUGGCCAUAUCACCUUCCUGGCUCCUGUUGUUUCUGCUGGACAGCCACAACUGGGUAAUGCUUCACACUCUACAGCUUUUGAUUGAUAAAGAACAGAGCAAGCAGUGGACCACAUUCAUAAAUGCUUCUGGGUUUUGCCUUGACUCCCUUCAACAGGCUGCAGUGGAAGUUAUUGGGGUUUUCAAAAGUGUUCAUAUGAUUAUAGUGUUAGUUCAACAAGGAUUCUACACCAUUAGUAGGAAAACACCCAUGAGAAUCCAACUAAUCAUCCCGUGGCCUUUGAAAAUUGUCCUGACGAGAGAACAAAGCAUUUUUAGAAUAUGGUCCAAUAGUUGAUGCACCAACAUACAUACACACACACAGCUGAGUCUGUGGCAACCAGUACCCACAACAGACAUCCUUAGUAUAUUUUUCACACAUCAAACAACACUUAGAAAUUUGACUAUUAGCUAGUUCUGUGUACUAGUGACCCAUGUUAUGCAUACUAUCACUAUUAUGUUAGUACCGUGUGUUGUUAAGUGACAGUGUGUGGUAGUGAAAAUGCAAAAUGUCUUUUUAUACAUUCAACAUCAUCGCCAUCCCCAUGAAUGUUGAGUGGCCAAAAAGUGCUUGUAUUCUUCACCAGCCAGUUGACAGAACAAGCAUCACAGCACAAUCACUGUCCGGCCGGUGUGACGCCGGCAUGUACAAGUUACUCAGAUUAUCAUAUGAAAAGUACCUGCCUGUGUUAUCAAAUGAAUCCCAUCAUCCAAGAACACCACUUUGUUUUAGUCAUGCAUGCUGCUCUUUGUUAGGUAUUCACCAUACUGUUAUCCUGCUGGCCAAGAACACCCAGUAACGGUACCACAUGAACACACUGAAGUCAGCAGUCAGCAGAAGCAUCAUCAUUAACAUUAGCUGUGUGAUGGAAAAAGACUAUAGUUGUGUCCUUGCAGCAUUCCUGAGAGCACAGCCAUCACUCCUUCACCCCAGAGAGCUUGAAGCAAAGACCAUGUUUUGUUACUGCUGCUGACUGUACACUGAUGCUUCCCUCACUGGCACCAAGGCUAGGGAGAGGAAGGAAAAACAUCAGUGCCAGUGUGUACUGUCAGUGCCAUCCUGGAAGGCUCUGUAAGGAGAUCUGGUGUUGCAUUUGGGUGUUGUGGUGUGGUGUGCUGUGAUGUGACGCCUCAACCAACUACUGUGUCACUUCUAGUGUGUGACAAACAUGCAAUAACUGCUCCUUGAGAUAAAGGCUGUAGGGAGGGAAAUGGCACACCAAGGCCAUUUCUGUUAUACAACAAAAUAUUCCAUACUUUUUUUGCAUUUAUAUAGCUUGGCAGUACAAGAUAACAAUACAAUAAUGGCAGAUUAUCAGCUAAGAAAAUACAUAAAUCAAGUUUC